CAUAGCAACACAGAAUUAAACAUACAAGAUGAGUACCUCCAACUGUAGAUACUAUGAAAACAAAUACCCAGAGGUGGAUGAGGUCGUUAUGGUUAACGUCCAAGAAAUCGCUGAAAUGGGUGCCUACGUUAAGUUGUUAGAAUAUGACAACAUUGAAGGUAUGGUUUUAUUAUCUGAAUUAUCUAGAAGACGUAUUAGAUCUAUUCAAAAAUUGAUCCGUGUGGGUAAGAACGAAGUUGCCGUGGUGUUGAGAGUUGAUAAGGAAAAGGGUUACAUUGAUUUGUCUAAGAGAAGAGUUUCAGCAGAAGAUAUUGUCAAGUGUGACGAAAGAUAUAACAAGUCCAAAGCUGUACACUCUAUUUUGAGACAUUGUGCUGAAAAGUUCUCCAUCUCUUUGGAAAGCUUAUACCAAACUAUUGGUUGGCCUUUAAGCAGAAAGUAUGGUCAUGCUUACGAUGCCUUCAAAUUAUCCAUCACAGACCCAACUAUCUUCGAUGGGGUUGAUGCUCCAAACAAGGAUGUUUUUGAAGAGUUGAAGUUGUAUAUUUCCAAGAGAUUGACUCCACAACCUAUCAAGAUCAGAGCUGAUAUCGAAGUAUCAUGUUUCAGUUACGAAGGUAUUGAUGCCAUUAAGAAGGCUUUGAAGGCUGCUGAAAAUGAAUCUACCGAUCAAAUGAUCAUCAAGGCUAAAUUGGUCGCCGCUCCAUUGUAUGUUAUCUCUACUCAAGCUUUGGAUAAGAACCAAGGUAUUGCUUUGUUAGAAAAGUCUAUCGCCAAGAUCACCGAAUCUAUUGAAGCCUCCGACGGUAUCUGUAAGGUCACUAUGGCUCCAAAGGCUGUUACUGCCACUGAAGAUGCCGAAUUGCAAGCUUUGUUGGAAAGAAAGGAAGCCGAAGAAAAGGAAUCUUCCGACGAAGAAGAAGAAGAUUAAAUUCUUUGAAACUCAUACACCACACUCUCAACCACCCACAUACACUUCCAAAUUGUAGUCUAGACUCUACUUAUGUAUAAUUAUAAUACACAUUUAGUGAACACGAAAAGGACAACGUAAAUAUCUAAAUAGAUAAUAGUCGGAAUUUGAUUUCAAAGGAAAGUUCAUAAAGCAUUCUAUCACAUACAAACUAACUAUAUAAUUAAAAUAUU